AUGCCGGGCGGUGAAGGCGGCAGCACACAGCCCUCGAUAUACAUGGCGGCAGCCGUGCAAUUACCUCCUCCGCCAAAUUUCAGUUUCCGAUCGGAGGAUUGGCAGCGAUGGUCCACGAGAUGGGAACGAUACCGACAAGGCAGUGGCAUUGCAAAUCAGUCAGAGGAGACGCAAGUUAAUCAAUUUGUAUACUUAAUGGGACCGCGUGCGGAAGACAUUCUGUUAUCAUUUAAACUCAGUAAUAUAAAAGCAAAAAGCUAUAAGAUAGUACAUAAAAAGUUUGAAGAACAUUUCGGAGCUCGCGUAAAUAUAGUAUUAGAACGAGCACGAUUCAAUAGGCGCACGCAACAAAACGAGGAAGCGGUAGAGGACUUUAUCGCAGAUCUCUAUCGUUUAGCGGAAACAUGUAAUUUCGGUACAUUAAAAGAUGAACUUAUUAGAGACCGAAUUGUAGCAGGCAUUCAGGACCAAAAGCUAUCGGAAAUAUUGCAAUGUGACUCUGAGCUCACGCUGGAAAAGGCUGUCAUGAAAGUACGAACAAAAGAAGAGGUCAGAACACAACAGGCAGUCUUAAGAGGAACGGAGGUAGCAGCUAACCUCGACAGAGUCAGCAGUUCCCGCGGAACACGUGGCAAACAGUACGCGAAAGGCUUCCAGCGACAGCAUAAGAAGGACGAGGCAACAACGGCGAAACGGUGCACCCGAUGCGGCACGACACCGCAACAUGCAUUUUCCUUGUGCCCAGCCAGGCAAUCAGCAUGCAAUAUUUGUAAAAAGACAGGACAUUGGGCGGCGAUGUGCAGAAAGAAAGCGGUACAUGAAGUGAAUAAAAAUGAUAGUAAGAAUGAAGCAGAAAAAGAAGACGAUAAAGAAGAUCUCUACUUGGGCGGCGUACAAGCAAUAAUAAAAGAAGAAAAAGAGGGACAAAGCAAAACACAGAAUACCGAAGACAAGAAGCAACGAAGAAACAUAGAUAGAAUAAGAACGAAGACAGCGCACUCCGAACCGCCAUGGAUGGCGCAAGUAAGCAUCAACGGAAAGGACGUAUCAGUCAAGGUAGAUACUGGAGCUGACGUGACGGUGAUAAGCGAAGAACUCUAUAGGCGGCAUCUAGUCGGCAUUGCAUUGACAAACGCAGGUAAAGGACUGCAAGUGGGAGACUCAAUACCUCUCAACGUGCUGGGUAAGUUGCAGGCUAAAAUAGAGUGGAGGAAUAAAGCAGCUAUCGACCACAUAUAUGUCGUCAAGGAGAACAUGCAGCCAUUGUUAGGCCGUCCGGCCAUUAGAGCGUUAGGCAUGUUAGACUGGGUAAUAGACAUGGUCAUUGCUGAAGUUAGUAACGACAAACCUGAAAGUGAAUUCAGUAACGUAUUUGAAGGGUUAGGAUGUCUCAGAAAGUGUAAACCUUACCACAUUUGUUUUAAACCAGAUACCAAACCGUAUGCAGUAUCAGUACCUCGCAGAGUUCCACUGCAUCUGAUGCACAAGGUCAAAGAAGAGCUAGAGCGGUUGGAAGAGUUGGGCGUGAUCAGUCGAGUCGUCGAGCCGACGGAAUGGUGCGCACCGAUGGUUUCCGUGCUCAAGGCCAACAAGAAAGAUGUGAGGAUUUGCAUAGACUACACUGAACUCAAUAAAUGCGUUGUAAGAAACCGUCACAUCAUGCCGAGUGUUGAAGAAAACCUUGCUCAACUAGGAGAAGCCCGCUGGUUUUCCCUUCUUGAUGCAAACAAGGGAUAUCAUCAGGUGCCUUUAUGCAAAUGUUGCCGACAUGUAACUACUUUCAUCACGCCAUUUGGUCGCUACUGCAGUGAUAGACUACCGAUGGGUUUGUGUCCCAGCGCGGAGCACUUUCAAGAAAGUAUGUCUACAGUAUUGGAUGGACUACAAAAUGUGGUGAACCUAUCGGAUGACGUUCUUGUUCAUGGAAGAACUCUUGAAGAACAUGAUAAAUGUCUGCGUGCAGUAUUGCAGCGUCUAUCAGAGGCAGGUCUUACGUUAAACAAAGAUAAGUGUGUCUUCAGACAAAAGCGCGUAAGAUUCUUGGGAUACAUUGUAUCAGCGGAUGAAAGCGUGCAGCCCGAUCCUGAGAAAGUGAAAGCUAUAACCAGCAUGAAGAGGCCAACCACCACUACGGAGGUGAAAAGGUUUUUGGGAAUGGUCCAUUUCCAGUUAAAGUUUAUAGAACAUCUUGCGGAUAUCACCAAACCACUGAGAGAACUGUUGAAGGAUAGCGUCGAGUUUAUGUGGGAAUCACCACAGGAAAAGGCCUUCAAAGAGGUCAAGAAAAGAUUGAUCGAAGCCCCAGCGCUCGCUCUUUUUAACACAAAUAAGAAGACAAGAAUUUCGGCAGACUCUUCGUCGUAUGGAUUAGGAGCAGUCCUGGAGCAAUUCGAUGAAGAACAAGAAGAUUGGAGGCCAGUCUACUAUGCGUCUAGAGCUCUAUCCGAAACCGAAAAGAGAUACGCUCAAAUAGAAAAAGAGGCGUUAGCAUUAACGUGGGCAUGUGAGAAGUUUGCAGCGUUCAUCAUAGGAGCACCAGACCUUGUCUUAAGGACAGAUCAUAAGCCAUUGAUCUCGAUUCUGGGAUCCAAGCCUAUUAGUGAUCUCUCCCCGAGAUUACAACGGUUUCGAAUGAGACUAAUGCGUUUUGCUUAUAUUGUUGAGUAUGUUGCAGGGAAAGCUUUGAUGACUGCGGAUACACUCUCGCGGGCACCGUUGUCAGAUGCCCGUGACGCUGAGGAUUGCUUGUGUGAUGACGGCAUCGAAAAGUUCGUACAAGCAGUUGUUAAGAGACGGAUGUCCGACCAAUUUGCGAUCAAAAUACGUGAGAUGCAAGACAAGGACAUGGUCAUGCAAGAAGUUUUGAAAUAUGUACGAGAAGGAUGGCCGAGGUAUCGCAGAGAUGUACCAAAGAAGCUAUUACCAUAUUUCGAGGAAAAAGGUAUCCUGACGGUGACACCAGAUGGGACCCUCCUAUGCGGCACGCGGAUACAUAUCCCAAAAGGUCUACGCAACGAGGUGCUUGAGAGGAUACAUCAGGGUCAUUUAGGAGAGAAGAAGUGUCAGGGACGAGCCAGGCAAUCUGUAUGGUGGCCAGGAGUCAAUGCAGAUGUGCGAGCACGGUGCUUGAAGUGCACCAUAUGUUUGGAACAUCGGUUGCAAACCAAGGAACCUCUAAUAGUGACAGAACCACCUGAACGACCAUGGCAGGAAGUAGCAGUAGACUUCUGUGAAAGAGAAGGAAGACACUAUCUGGUGGUGGUUGAUUAUUUCUCUAGGUAUCCAGAGGUCGUAUACAUGUCAUCAACUACAGCAGCAAACACGAUCGCGAAGAUAAAGGAUAUAUUUGGGAGACACGGAAUUCCAGAGCAGGUACGCUCAGACAAUGGUCCGCAGUUCAGCAGCCAGGAAUACAAGCAGUUUGCCGAGAAUUUCGGGUUUGCCAUAGUUACAAGCAGCCCGAGAUAUCCACAGAGCAACGGGAAAGUUGAAGCGGCAGUAAAAACAGUCAAGCGCAUCUUGGAGAAGGAAACAGAACCUACCCUGGGUUUAUUGGCAUAUCGUACUUCUCCUCUGGAAACAGGCAGCAGCCCGUGUGAAUUGCUCAUGGGAAGAAAACUUCGCACGCCGGUACCAUGUUCGGCGAUGACACUAACACCCAAAUGGCCCGAUUUGAAAGCGUACCGCCAACAGUUAUGGGCGGGAAAGCUUCGCAACAAACAGCAGUACGACAAGAGACAUCGAGUGCGAGAGCUACCAGAAUUGAUGCCGGGUGAACUGGUGUGGAUAAAGGACCAGCGAGCAUAUGGCACUGUUGUACGUCGUCGUACUGAACCAAGGUCGUAUGACGUACGAUACCCGGGAGGCUUGUUGCGACGCAACCGGAGUUUUCUGGAAUCAACCAGACGAGCGAUGGAAGACGACGAUGAAGAUGAAGAUGAUUGGGGAACAGUAGCUAAUGAAGAUCAGCCGCGGCAGGAGGCGGAUAAAGAACCAGCGCCGGCUGAACAACCGGAACCCUUGCGACAAAGUAGUCGCCAACAUAACACGCCGAGAAGAUUACAUUAUCAAUAA